CCCCUCCCCUCCCCCACCCCCUCGGCGCGGACAUGGCAUGCUCACCGCCGCGCGACGGGGGGCCCUCUGGCGCAGCCACCUGCGAGCCGCUGCCCCGCAGCAGCUGCGCGGGAGCCCCGGAGCAGCCCCGCAGCGCUGCCGCCGGGCCCGCGGCGCCGGCCACCGCCCAGGGCACCGGGGAGCCGCCUGGGCCUGCGGCCCCGCGCGGCCACGCGGACUGCGACGGCGCUGGCCGCGCGCCCCCGGCGGCGGCGGCGCGCUUGCGGGACGUGCUGGCGUUGGUGGCGCCGCCGCCCAACCCCAGUCGGACGGCCGCCGGUUGCCCAGUGGCCGCGCAGACCGAGGAGUGCCCAGUGGUCACGCAGACCGAUGAGGGCAUCGGCAUGUCCUGCGAGCAGUGCGGCCAGCAGGAGGUCCUGCAUGGUUGCGGCCACUGGCGGUGCGUCACGCUGACGUGCAGGCCCGCGUGGUUCCAGGCCCUGGCGGCCAGGAACUGGAACGUGCCGAAGACGCGGAAGCGGAUGUUCGACACGCAGUUGUACGAUACCCUCGAGCGUUGCGAAGACUGCCGGCCCGAGGGGCGGUGCCUGCGGGGCGCUGUCGACGCCCCGCGGUAUUGCAACUUUGUUUUCAAGAGGGGCACCUGCAGGUUCGGCUCGAGGUGUGCAUUCUGCCACCUGCACGGCCGUGGUGAGCCCCACCACUCCGAGGCAGGAGCCGGAGAGUGCUCGGCCCCGAAGGCCGUGGCCGCGGACCCGCCCAGGGGCGAGGCUGUGGCACGCCUGGCCUGCCAGUGUGGCUCGCCUGCCGCCCGCUCGCCGCGCCGCUGGGCCAGCCUGCAUACGCCACCGGGCGUGCACCAGCCAGCGCAUUGCCGAGGCCCCCAAGAUGGUGGGGCCCCUGCAGCGGUGGCCCCCCGGCGGGGCCCGCACGCGCCGCUCGGGCCCCCUCUGCCGACGCGGUGGGGCAGCCUGCGCCACCCCCCGGGCCUGGACGUGCCGCUCACGCCCCCUCCGCCGACGCGGUGUGACAGCCUGCGCCUGCCGGCGUGCGCGGGCGGCUUCCUCGGAGAGGCCCCGCCGCCGCCCUCGCCCCCGCGGGCCGCGGCGCGCGGCCCGGCCCCGUGGGCGGCGACGCACGGCACGCUGAGCGUGUGAGCCCUGCGCGCGCCCGGCGCUCUCGAGAGCCGCCCGACGGCCCAGGGCGCCGCCCGGGCCACGCCGCGCGGAUCGGCAGCUGCCGUUCCCGAGCUUGCCGGGGUGGACUCCCGCGCGGGGCCCAGCGGCACGCCCGCCCCCCUCCCCUUGCCCCGAGAGGACGAGGGGGAGGCGGCAAGAGGCGGCGGAGGAGGGGAGCAGCCGAUGCGGCUCGGCGGCGCGCCGAGGCGGUGCCCAGAGCAACGUCCACCAACGAGUUGCCUUCGACCUCGCUCGGCGGGGCGACCCAUCCAUAGAAACGCCUCUGUCGCCAGGCGCGAAUUUAAGGCGCGUGGGUCAGCGACGGGGCCCGUUUCCGCACGGUCCAUGCUGGUUUGCGCCCCAUUUGCAAGGGUUGGCCAGUACACGUGGCCCUUUCCCUCUUCGUAUGCGCUUGGAGCGCGAACUCGCGCAGGUAUGAUUCAGCAUACGUGAGUACAUAGGUCCCCAUGUUGCAUCGUGUUCUUUGCCUGAAGUCGUGGAGCGACGAGGCAGCGAGGGGACUUGGCGGAGGGGCCAUAGCGAGGAGGGGCGAAACUGAGAAUCUUGUCAACAGGGUGCGAGCUCAUGAUUUGUAAGCUAUGUCUCUGGCUGACAACCGAGUGCAUCGCAGCCGUACGGUUGCGUUGUUCAUUUGCAGUACAGCUCAAGGUAUGUUCAGACCAUGCUUCCCGAUUUUCUUGUCCAUUCAAGAAAUCCUCCGCAUCCUCCAUCCGUGCAAAUCCCCGCAGGGUCUUUUUAGGAUCCUGUCUCUGGGACGCUCGCCCGACUCUCGCCGCACUUGGCCUUCUGUGACGUGCGACGGGCUUCCUCCCGUCACAUGCCAGCGCGACAGAAGAUCUGCUCGGAGAAGUCGUUGACAUCCGGUCGAGGGACACUCCUGUGCCGGGCCUCCUGACUUCCGGUCGCUGAUGUUUGGUCGUUGAUUCGUGCGCACAUUCUUGACCCCUUCCUCUGUCUCCGUGGCUUCCUCGUCUGCGGCCCGUGGCAUCGUUGCCUGCGGCCUUUUUGCUUCGAGUGCGGCGAACGCGCUUCGGGGCUCAAACGUUCUUGGGCCUGCUAGACCUGUUAUAAUAAUCCCUCUGCCUGGGGCCUGGUGCUGAGCAUGCACGACUUGUUGCGUCGAGCGAGUUUCGUAGAUCUCCUAGUCGGGCGACGAGUGCGAGCGCCGAGUUGAAGCUCGUCUUCCUCCCCUCCUUGCUCCCCCUCGCUCCUGGAAGUCCACCCCGGCUCUCGUUUUCCCUUCUUCUGCUCCGUCCUCCCUUCUGCUCUUCUCUUGCCUCCCCUUCCUCCGUCCUCCCUUCUCCUUCGGGGGUGGACAGACCUCCC